UUGGUGAAAUAUUGGUUAUAGUCAUGAUGUUACUAACGUUAACCAUGAUAUCAUCACCCGUUGAUGAUGUUGAUGUUUGAUGAAUGUGGAUGGUUACUGUUACGGCUUACGAGUUUCACAUACCACAGGCAACAGCAGGCUAAACAAUGUUGUUAUUAUUGUUAAUGUUGUUAUGGUGAAUUCGUAACCGAUUGUUCUUUUUAAUUGUAUGUUAUGCAAUGCUAUCAAUUAUUGAUAACGUUAAAAGACUGCAUUAAUAACUGAUAAUAGUGACAAAAUGUAUUUAUUUGAUUUUUUAAACUCAUGACAUAAUGUUAAUAAAUAAUAACUAAUAACUAUUAUAAGUACAUGGUCUUUAAUAACAACAAUAUUAAAAAUAUAUAGUUAUGAUCACCGACAGCUGGCAUUAACCAAUUGUGUUGACAGAAUCACAAAUGAUUACACGAUUACACAGCCAUAGAAUUUAUAUGAAUGAUGAAGCUUAAUAUAUUUCGUUUUGGAUUUUGAAUAAAUUAUUAUUUAUCAUUUAAAAGAUAAAUAAGCAAUGGAUUUCAACUAUGAAAAUUGUAUUAAAGAAGGAUUGAAAAAUUUGAAAAUUACAUCUACAGUUAAAAAUAAAAAUGAAGAAGAAUAUUUCAAAGAAGUCAUGCAGCAAGAUGUCACAGGAGUUAAUAUACUUAAGAGGUUAUCUGGUAAUGAUUUACCAACAUUUUAUAAACCUCAAGUUACUGAAGAAGCCAACAUUUUCAAAGCUCAACUAAGAGCUGAAGCACGAGGACGUUUUUUUGAAAGAGAGCUGUCAAGACUAUUGACUAGUGAAGAGUUAAAAUAUAUGUGGUCAUUGCUUCAAGAGCAUCAUAUACCAUUGAAUAAUUUUAUUCAUAACCAGUAUAUAAAUUAUAAAAAUUUUAUUCAAGUCAAACAAAAAUUAAGUGAUAAAUACAAAUCAUUUUUUAAUCCUAGUAUUUUUCUACAAUUACAAGACAGCAAGAUAAAAGGUAAUUUAUCAAUAGAUACAUUUUUCAAUUAUAUUAUGAAAAAAAUAUGGAUAGAUCAAACUAGAAAUGGACUUUCUCAGUAUGACUCAAGUGGUUGUGGUUAUCUAAGUGAAGCGGAUUUUGAAGCUUAUAUUUUAGAUCUCAUACCUACAUUAACACAAUUGAAGAAACUAGAAAAAAUGUUUUAUUCAUUUUAUUCAUGCAUGGUUGUUAGAAAAUUUUUUUUCUACUUGGAUCCUUUGCGAACUGGAAAAAUACGAAUCAUUGACAUUUUGUCUUGUGGUUUUCUUGAUGAACUAUUAGAGCUCAGAGAAGAAAAUUGGAGUAAAGAAUCACAGAAAAAAAAUUGGUUUUCUGUUCCGUCUGCUCUUCAUAUUUAUUCAUCAUAUUUAGAAUUAGAUAAAGAUCAUAAUGGAUUGUUAAGUCGCCAAGAAAUAACAGGGUAUAAAUCGGGUGCUCUCACAUCAGUAUUUUUGGAUAGAGUAUUCCAAGAUGCAUUUACAUAUGAUGGUGAAAUGGAUUACAAGGGUUAUUUGAAUUUUGUAUUAGCUACAGAAAAUCGCCAUGAACCUCAAUCUUUACGAUAUUUGUUCAGAUUUUUAGAUAUUAAAAAUCAAGGGUACUUGGAUUCUUUUACUAUCAACUAUUUUUCUAGGGCUGUUGCCGAAAGAUUACCAAAGGAGCAACAACAAAUGGUUUCAAUGGAGGAUAUAAAAGACGAAAUUUUUGAUAUGAUCAAGCCAGAAGAUCCAGCUAAAAUAACUUUAAAAGAUAUCAUACGCAGUAAAAUGGGUCAUAUAUUAGUGAAUAUUUUGAUUGAUUUCAAUGGAUUUUGGUCUUAUGAGUUCAGAGAAACUUUAGCAAAUAAUAGUAUUAGUGACAAUAACUUUAAUGAAAGUUUUGUUACACAUUAACACAUUAAUAAAAUAGGCACCUUGUUAUUAAUUAUAUAAAUUAAUAUAUGUUUAUUUAUGUUUAAUUUAUGUUAAUAAAUUAAUUUUUAACAACAUAAACGCCAUUGUUUAAGAUAUAUACUAAUAUACUUUUAUUUUAUCAAUUAAUAUAAUAUAAUAGUAUAUAUAUUUUUUUUAGUCAUUUUUAUGUAUUAAAAAUCUCAAUGUCAACCGUUAUAAAGUCUUACUAUUAAUUAUAAAUAGAGCGCGGAUUUAUAUGCAUUAAAAUAUUGAAAUAUGCAUGAAAAAUAAGAAUAUGCGUAAAAAAAUUAGCAAAAAUAAAUAUAUAUUUUAAACAUCUAAUUAAUACAAUAUAUUUUAAAUAAUUAACUUUCUAAGGAUACUUAUCUACUUUUUGUCAUUACUUUCAUUUUCUUUUUAUAUCUUAUAUGUAUUUUAUUUCCCCAAUUAUUAAUCUAAGGUCAUAUUUUGGAAAACUGUUUAUACCUACAAGUAUACCUAUUAAUUUAUUUUUGUUAUUAAUCAAAACUAUAAAAAUAUUAUACUUUUUUCUUAUAUUAUAAUAGACAAUAGUGUUUAUUUCAAAAAUAUCUAAAAAAAAAUAUAAAAAAAACAACUAAAUAUACAAUUAAAAUUGUAAAAUAAACCCCUAAAAUAGAAAAAUGUAUACACACUUAGCAUAUCAUGCGAUCAACCAAAAUAAAUAUACAAAUGCAUACAAAUCCUCGCUCUAAUUAUAAGCAUUAAAUAUACAUUUUUUUUUUUUUUUAAUAUUAAUUAUUUGUUAUAUUUAUUUGAAGUCUUUUUUGAUAAGUACUUUAAGAUCAUACUGAAUAUUAGUUUUUUUUUACAUACAUUUUUUUACAUUUUUUUACAUCACAUAAUUUACUUAAUUUAUGGCUUGUAGACAUGAUAAAACUGUACAAAUAUUUGACAAUACUAAAAAAAUAAAUAAAUAUAUAUUUUUUAAUGUAUAUACAAUAGACUGAAGAUAGCAAUUUAUUAUAAUGAUAUUAAUAAUAUCAAAUGUAUUAAUAUUUUAACUAUAAUACAUUGUUAUUUAAAUUUUAUUUAGUAACCUAUUUUUUAUACAGUCUGUAGUAUUUAAUUAACCACUCAUAAUUCAUAAAUUAUAAAUAAUAUAGUAAUUUAAUAGAAAAUAAGUUGUCUUGUGGGAAUACACCAUCCUUAAUACGAUUUAUAAUUCAUAAAUGUUUUGUUUACUUUUGACACAAAAUAAUGUUCUACAUUCAAAACUAAAAUAUGAUUACAGAAUUAUUAAACUAACAGCAAUACUCUUCUUGUAUUAAGUUUUUUUGUAAAUACAAAUUAAUAUUAUGUUUAUAUUCUGUCUGGGUCAAUUUAUAUUUUAUUGUUUAUAAUAUGUAUGUAUUUCUAUAUUAGGUAUGUUUAUUGUAUUGUAUACAAUUUUUGAAAACGCCAAUAUUGUUAUUUAUUACUAAUCAUUAAGAUUUUGACACUAGUUUAUUUAGUUAAAUACUAAAUUUAAUAUUGUAGAUGAUACAGUAUUAUAUAAUUUAUUAUUAUUUAUUUCAUUUAUUUUGAACCUCUACCAUUUCAUAUAAUUUAUACAUAAUGCUCUCAGCUCUGUAAGUUAAAAAAGAUUUCUAAAACGUUUGUUAGACCAAUGCCAUGGCAGAAACGUUUGUAAGUUCAAUAUUUAAUGUUUAUAAUUUCUGUAGCCAAUGGCGUAAUAUUAUACGCGGACAUUUGAAUGUUAAUUAUAAUAAAUACACCGCGGAUUAUAUGCAGUGAAAAUACUCUAUUAUAUGCAUGCAAAUAUGCAGAAUAAAAUACAGAAAUAUGCAUUGACUAUGUUAAAAUAUGCACUAAGAAUUAAAUUUAAAAACAAUAUGAAAAAGUUAUGAUGAUGAAAUUUAUUAACAAAAAAAAAUUAUUAUUUAUUAUAUUACA